AACGGUGAAAUAACGUACUCUUUGGUGCACGCUGAUCCAUCGUGUCCAGUUGCAGUGCGACCGCUCACAGGUGAAUUAGCAUUGAGUGCGAGUUUGGAUUAUGAAAAGAUAACCAGAUAUGAGUUGGUGAUCAAAGCACGAGACCAAGGCAUACCACCACGGUCGAGUAACAUAACCGUGGUUCUGAAUGUGAUCGACGUGAAUGAUAAUGCACCGCAGUUCGACAUGCAUCUGUACAUCGUUGAGGUGUCAGAGGAUGCUGCGUUAAUGACUGACAUCGUGACGAUGAGGGCAAAAGAUGCCGAUUCCGAACACAACGGGAAAAUCAGUUUUCGAAUUGCUGAUGAGAUACCGGAAUUCGGUAUCCAUUCGAAUUCGGGUAAUGUCUACGUGAAAAGUGUACUGGAUCGUGAGAAGGUCUCCGAGUAUCGCUUGGUGGUUAUCGCGUCUGAUAAUGGUCAACCACCGCUAUCAUCGAAUGCAACACUACAAAUAAACGUACUCGAUGUUAAUGACAAUUCACCGAAUUGCUCAUCCGUUGUGCCGUUGACCCUCAAUGACGACACUGCACCUAACGUAACGUUUGGCUCGAUCACUGCAACAGACUCUGAUCACGGUCCCAACGGCACAAUCACGUACCGUAUCCAAAACGAAGAUCCUUAUUUCACUGUCAAGUCGAGUGGUCAAGAUGCAGACAGGUUUCUGCAAGAAAGCUUUCCUCACUUGACCAUUUGUUUUCUGUCGGCUAUGCAAGCAUAUGCACAAGCAAAGUUUUGUUUUCUAGGUGAAGUGAUGCUUAAACGUAAAAUAUCGCAGUUUGUCGCUGGCAAAGAGUAUCGUUUGUCUGUGAUUGCAUCAGACAACGGUAAGGAUGCUAGAUCAGCGGUCUGUCAAAUAAGAAUCAAUUUCGAAAAAAUUCAGUCGAAGGUGAAAUUCGUCGAACCAAUUGAUAGGAUGAUAAGGUUGGAGUUCCAAAUAUCGCAUUUCUUCACCGUCAAAAAGGAUGCACUAUGGACAACAUCGAAAUUCGAUGAAAAUUUCUUCAAAAUGAGUCGACUACUGUCGUUGACGGCUUAUGAUUCGGAUGGUCGAAAGCGUCAGUUGAUUUUCACUAUUGCUCCGUUGGAGAGGAAGGCGUUGGAUUUCAACAACUCGACUGUAUUUUUAAGGCUAUCGAGGACUGUACCUGUUGGAACUAAACUCACAACAGUUGGGAAGCAAUCAGAUCAAGCAUUCUGGCGUCUUAUUAAUGAGACGGAUAUCGUUCAGUUGGAUGAAUUGACCUCAUCACUGUAUUCCACAUCGAAUUUCGCACUGCUCAAUUCAACUUCAUUCGUAUUGGGCGUGAAACGUGUAUCAGUGCCGGAUUAUUCACAGCAAAAUUUCAUGGUCUACUUCGAUAUUGAACAGCAAAAUUUACACAGACCUGUUUUUCGCGAUUGUCCUCUUCCUGUGACAAUUCAAGAAGAUGAACGAAUUGGAACACUUGUGACGAAAGUUGGUGCUAUUGAUGCGGAUUGGGGACUUGAUGGACAAGUUACAUAUCGAAUUAUUAAUUCAACAAAUUCACCGAUUUCGAUCGACGCAACCUCGGGAGAUGUUUACUUGACACGAUCUCUUGACUGGAGCAAGGAUCAUUCGAUGCUGGUUGUUGUGGAAGCGCAAGAUCAUGCAAGUGAAGUGCUCAAUCGAAAACGAUCCACGUGUGCGAUUUUCAUUGAGGUUAAGGAUGUCAAUAACAACACUCCCCAGUUUCUGAGUUCGACGAACAUUUCGGUGAGUGACGAGAUACCAUCCAAUGGAAUCAUUCAUUACGUCGUGGCAAAAGAUGAUGAUUACGCUGAAAAUGCUCUUAUCAACUAUACAAUCGUUGCGGGCAAUGACAACGAAACAUUCGAAAUCAAUUCAUUUACUGGUCAGUAUUNNNCAGGAGCAAUAUCAUUGCUUCAUCGUAUUCGAACAGCAAGAACGAUUCGAGUGCGCGCAACAGAUAACGGAAAACCGCCGAAAUAUGCUGAGCAGAGCAUAACUUUUCACAUGGCAUCAACCCAUCGCCAAUGGGAGUACUUCACGCAGUCGAACUACUUGUUUAGUGUUCCGAAAGAUGCUCCAGUCGGAACAUUCAUACAUGAUUUUUAUUCCAUCAGUACGUAUUAUUAUGCUGUGGCUUGGAUUGCUUAA